UUAUUACGUAAGAUAUUUUCCACAAAGCAUAGCUAUAAGUUUGUAAAGCGUACUUCGAUAAAUAACUAAUAUACUUUUUUUUUUAAGGUCGAUAUGUAAGUUAAUUAUAUAAGGUAGCAAUUAUAUGCACACCAUUGGGUUCCAUUUGACCUCAAUUUGGGACCAUUUGACUUCCAUUUGGGUCCAUUUGCUUUCCAUUUGGGUCCUUUUGGGUUCAUUUGGGUCCAUUUGGGAAAUCGACGCACCCGCAAAGAUGUAGGGUACCGGAAUCUGCCGAAGUUUGCCGAAUGGAGAUCAAAUUCACCCGAUAUACACAUGCGCUAAAUCUUCACAACAUCCUGUUGUUCGAAUUUCAUAGACGUACUACUACAAGACGACAUAGAUGGUGUAGAACGUGAUUGUUUCAAAAACCGCCCAUGUCAUCUUCUUCGACAGGAGUCAGAAGUUGGGUGGUAGUGGUGUUCCUGGAGGAGGAUGUCCUGAGUCAUCCUAUUCCUCUGGAGGAGGUGGAAGAUGCAUCAGGCCGCAAUGGUGUGGAGGCUGACCUCCAGGAGAGACAGGAGUGUAGGGCACGCUACUAUGUGGGGGACAGAAUGCGGAGGGCCGUAAUAGUCAGACGUUCAGAGAAUCGAAAAGAACUUGUGAAUUAUUAUACCAGUGUAAUGAAGCUUGAGAGAGAGGAACACACAGCAGACAGAAAUAAUACAUUGUGGCAGUACACUAAGGUGAUAGGCGGGAGUGUGGUGGUAGGAGGUUUGGCGGUGGCAGCAGCACCACUGGCUCUGUCUGCAGCAGGCUUCUCUAGCGGUGGUAUUGUGGCAGGUUCUCUGGCUGCUCGUCUAAUGUCUGUGGCAGCCAUUGCGAAAGGUGGUGGUGUGGCGGCAGCCAGUGCUGGAGGCUGGAUCGCGGCUCUACAGUCAGCAGGUGCUGCAGGCAUAUCUGCCUCAACAAAACUACUGCUGGGCUCUACAGCAGGGGGAGUGUUUGCCAUGUUUAAUAGGAAGAAACCAUCUGAAGGUAAUGAAAAUGAAGAAGACACUAUUAAGAAUAUGAAAUGCCAGGACAAGAAGGAAAAGAAAAUGGAUCUAAAUGAAAUUAGAGCUACCACAACUACAGACGGUAAUCAAACACUGGACACUGUCUGUACAUCAGAAGACGACCCCCAAGUCCGCGACAGUGUCCGUCCAUCGGAAGACGACGUCCAAGUCCGCAACAGUGACUGUCUAUCCGGAGACACUGCUGAAGUUGAGGACAUCGGCCGCUUGUUGGAUAACAAUACCCAAAGCCAGGAAGAGGAGCUGAGUGCUGGGAUUCAGUACUUAAGUCUGAAUGAAGAGACAGAACGUCUGUAUCAGGAGACUCUGAGACUUCAGGAAGCAAACCAGUGUAAGAUUUGUAUGGACAGUGAGAUGAACACUUUAUUUGAUCCCUGUGGACAUUUGUGUGCUUGUCAACAGUGUGCUGCCAGACUGAGAAAAUGUCCCAUCUGUAACAAGGUGGUGAGAAAGCUACACCGAGUGUACAAGUCGUAGGGCUGACUACUGCAGUCUAUAGUCUCAUGGGUAUACCUGUUAUUUAUUGACAGACCAACAGACUUCCUGUCAUUAGAUCACAUGAGUACAUGUAGACUCAGAUGAUCACCUAUUGUAAUCUAUGUUUUCCUUAUUGUCUUUCAGCAUGUGAUUUAAUUACAUCCUUUAGCAUUUUUUAAAAGAGAUGAUCUCCAUUCAAGUUGUAAAAAUGUUUGAAUUUGUAAAAGUUCUUCUUGACUCCAAAAAAUGAAACAAUUGUGCUGACUACAAAGUGCUAAUGAUGAAAUAGACCUGUUAGUGUACCAGAAUUGAGAUAUUUAUGGCCACUGGGUCUUGGGGUUUCUAAUGUUGGAUUGACACUCAUAGUAACAGCUCAUUUAGUGAAAAUACAUUAUUUCUCAUGAAACCUUCUUAAAUGCUUGACAUCAAACAAUCAAUUACACUUUUAAUUCAUUUGAAGAAUUUAGUGAAAAAAUGUUAAUUUUGUGACAGUGUUUCAGUAUAUUCUACGUUAGAAAAAAUCAACACCACACCCCUUCAUGAACUUAGUUCUUAUAGAGGGGAAGGAUGAUGCGGCUUGUUCAUAUAUAUAUAUUUCAUGCACAACAUCAGUUUACAUUAAUUGCUUUUGGUGAUGGUGGUGGUGGUGGUAUGUUGUUUAACAUCCGACUCAAAAAUUUUUCACUCAUAUGGAGACGUCACCAUUGCUGGUGAAGGGCUGCAAAAUAUAGGCCUCUGCUUGGUGUUUAUGGCAUUUGAGCAGGGAGGGGUCUUUAUCAUGUCACACCUGCUGUGACACAGGGCCUUGGUUUUUGCGUCCCAUUUAGUCGCCUCUUACCACAAGCAAAAUAUAUCCUACUUGUUACAAGACAUAAUGCUGCACAUGCAUAUGUUUGCAAUAUUAUUGGUUAUAUACUAGGUAAUUACGUGUAUUCUUAGUUUUCUUUGAAGUAUUAAUUAUUUACUAUGUGUAAAGAUGCCUUUCAAUUACAAAGUCUUGAACCCUGUAGAAGUAAACACCCCGCGGACUGUAGCUCUCCGUACCGUGUCAUUGUGACACAUUUUGAAGUCACCUGUGUGGCAUUAGGAUAAUGUGAUAUAAAAUGUUACUAUUUAAUGUAAGAUGUUUGAAAAUUAUAAUUACUAUUUACAUGCUGUAAUUAUGGUUUGCUACAGGAAUUAUAAUGCAAUUACAUGUUUCUUGUGUGGUUUUGUAAACAGGGAAUACACCUGUAUAAGUUUUAUUGUUGCUGUUGAUCUUUGACCGUUGUCUGUUAACAAUUUUACAUUUUUAAAUUAUUCUGUUGUUGAACAUCAAAAUUGUUACCAUUUUUGAUGUGAAGCAUCUCUAGGAUAAGAGGAAUAUAGAUUGUGAAAUUUAUUAUUAAACUUGCAACCCUUGGGGCCUCAAGGGGGGGGGGGGGUGGCAAAUGUGCUUAAAAAGGGGCCAUAUUGUCAAAAUCUUCUUCCCUACUUCUAUUCAUGUGGGGAAAAACUAAAUGGAUGGGUAUGAUGUCCAUGGGGCCCUGUACUUAAAUUGUUAAAUUUAGGUCAGGAGUUAAGGCGCUAAGACCAUAUAAUUAAUAUGUAUUAAAUCUUAGAAAAUCUUCUCUACUCCCAUAUAUAUUGGAGGAAAACUAAAUGAAUGAUUAUGAUGUCUGUGAAGCUCUCUGUCUAAACUGUGAAAUUCAUUGGUUAGGAGUUCAGGCCCUAAGAUGGGGCCAAUAUGGCCAUAUAGUGAAAAUGUUAUUAAAUCAUAGGAAAUCUUUUCUCUACUUUUUUAUAUUUGAGAAAAACUUAAUGCAUGAUUAUAAUGUCCAUGGAACUCUUUACUAAAUUGUGAAUAUCAUAGCACCUGGAUCAGAGCAGGGCCAAUAUGGCCACAUGAUAAAAAUGUAUCUAGAAAAUUAUUCUUUCUUUUAUACUUUCACAGUUAUGGGAGAUAAAUUAAAUGUGUGGUUAUGAUAAAUGUUAGUUAUGUCCUCUUAAAUUGUAAAAUUCACAGUGCAUGGGUCAGGGGUUUGGGGAUGCCAAAAUGAUUUAUAUUUUUCAAACUUCCAUUUUUGCUUCUUCUAUAAAUGAAUAGGAAUUGUGUGCAUAUUUUGAAAUGUCAUAAACAUGUGCACAAAGGACUCCAUACUGAGGCUUAAAUGCCCUGUAUAGGCUGAUACUUUUAAAAGUGAUCAUUAAGGCCCAUGGGCCAGCCUCUUGUUAAAAUGAUUGAAUUACAUGUAUAAUUGAGUAUGUGAGUCUUAUGUUUUUUUCCUAAUUGGCACUGUUAUAUAUUUACAUUACAAUAAAGUUGUAUAAUAAUACCAAAA